GGAGCUGAUGCUGCAGGGGUUGCGAGGCGCCUAACAAGCAGGAGAAAGCGCGUUUGCUUGGCUCCCUGGCUGGAGGGAAGACCCCAAGGGGGUGUGCUUUCCACGCGGCCAGUUCCUUGCACGCUCUCGUAUCUUCCCUUGGAACCACUUAACCACCCGACCGCAAGAGACCAAGGUGGGCUCGGUCCCUCUUCUGUGGAUCCCAUCCUUCUUGUUCUUUUUUGCAGAUACAAGAGCCUGGUGACAGGGAAGCGAGCCCGGGGGCUCAUCGCGGUCCUCUGGAUCCUCUCGUUCAGCAUCGGCCUGACGCCGCUGAUGGGUUGGAACAGCUGGAAAGAAGUGGGCCGUAACUGCACCAACAAGACGGGGACCCCCGAUGGGGAGCGGCGGGCCAACGGCCUGGUGGAAUGCCUCUUUGAGAACGUGGUGCCCAUGAGUUACAUGGUCUACUUCAAUUUCUUCGGAUGCGUCCUCCUCCCCCUCCUCCUCAUGCUGGGCAUCUACGUCAAGAUCUUCACGGUUGCCUGCAAACAGCUGCGGCAGAUAGAGCUGGUGGGGAACUGCCGGAUGACCCUGCAGAAGGAGGUCAGUGCAGCCAAGUCCCUGGCCAUCAUCGUGGGCCUCUUUGCCCUCUGCUGGUUGCCGCUCCACAUCCUCAAUUGCCUCACCCUGUUCUACCCAGGCUUUGCGGAGAGCAAGCCCGACUGGAUCAUGUACCUGACCAUCAUCCUCUCCCACACCAACUCGGUGGUCAAUCCCAUCAUUUACGCCUAUCGCAUCCGGGACUUCCGGCACACCUUCCGGAAGAUCCUCUCCCGCUACGUCCUCUGCAAGACUGAGGACUUCCCCAAAUACCCCAGAGGGAGUAAUGGAGGCAGCAGCCGCCACCUGGCUGUGAAUAACACUUCUCCAACCUGCAUUUGAGGCCACCUCGGUGGCCAAGAGGACCUUAUCUCUCCCCUACGAACCUGGGGGAAUUCGUGACAGGGUAGCACCGUUCAAUGGCGAACAGCUGCCAGGCGUUUUACAUACAUGUUCCUGCAUUGUGCAGGGUGUUUGAACAAGAGCAGCUCUGCAAGUCCUCAGUUUUGUUUUGUAUGGAACAGUGUUGCUCAACCCUAGCAACUUUAACC